UGGAGCUUCAUUCCUGUGCACGAUCCGAGAGACACAGACGGUUUAACGGAGCAGCCAGGAGUGGAGAGGUUCGCUCAGGGAAUAAAUAUCUGUGAACCGCGCGGCUGUUUUCUUUACAAGAAUACCUUUGGGUCACGGACGCACGUGAGCGCGCACAUGCUGAAAUGGGACCACUGGGCAUGGUUCUGACUCAUCUGCUCUGAACUGCUGACAAAAGUAUCGGGGAAUAUCCCAGGGCAGGUUGUUUUGUAGCAAAAAUCCAAACGGGAAUGUUGUCUGGAUGGUGACCGAGGACUGGACUACCUGCUCUCCCAUUUGCUCAGUGCGCAGGGAAGGGACGCACCCGCUGCCUGCCUCCUCUCUGGUUUAAUACGGCGCUUUGAGGAUCAGUGAAAAUAACAAAAAGGCGUGAAGGACUUUAAUUUUUACACAUUAAUUCGGAGGGUGGUAAAUAAAUCCCGUGAACUCUCACCCCUGUGCGUUUUGUUGAAUGGGGAUACCACUGAUUCUGGAGCCCUGACGCAGCAGCUGUGACUAGGACGGGACGAGGGGUGCGUGGAGCUUUGGACCGGGGAUUGUUUUCCAGCGCCACUCUUCUCAGCCGCGGCUCUGUUUUCAUGUCCAAGUUGACCACUUUGUGACAAUGGAUUACUUUCUGCUUUUAUGCAGCCUCUUGGUGUCUGUGGUCUACGCCGUUGAAGAGACGCUGAUGGACACGAAGUGGGCCACUACAGAGUUAGCUUGGACAGCACAUCCUGAGAGUGGGUGGGAAGAGGUGAGUGGCUAUGACGAUGCUAUGAAUCCCAUCCGGACGUAUCAAGUCUGCAAUGUACAACAGGUCAACCAGAAUAACUGGCUACGUAGUGACUUCAUCCCACGAAAAGAUGUACUACGUGUAUAUGUAGAGAUGAAAUUCACAGUUCGUGACUGCAACAGCAUUCCUAAUAUACCAGGUUCCUGCAAAGAAACCUUCAACCUUUUCUAUUAUGAGUCUGACUCAGACUCAGCCACUGCCACCAGCCCUUUCUGGAUGGAGAACCCUUACGUGAAAGUGGACACUAUUGCCCCGGAUGAGAGCUUCUCAAUGCUUGAGACUGGACGAGUAAACACAAAAGUCAGAAGUUUCGGGCCACUAUCCAAAGCAGGUUUUUAUCUGGCCUUCCAGGACCUUGGCGCUUGCAUGUCCCUCAUCUCAGUAAGGGUAUUUUACAAAAAGUGCUCCACAACAAUCGCCAACUUCGCAGUUUUCCCAGAAACAGCUACAGGAGCUGAGGCGACCUCCUUGGUUAUUGCUCCAGGAACUUGUGUUCCAAAUGCUUUGGAGGUGUCAGUGCCGUUGAAACUCUACUGCAACGGAGAUGGAGAGUGGAUGGUGCCUGUUGGAGCAUGCACAUGUGCAGCUGGUUUUGAACCAGCCAUGAAGGAAACCCAGUGUCAAGCUUGCAGUCCCGGAUCCUUCAAGUCCAAACAAGGGGAUGGCCCCUGUUUUCCCUGCCCAGCCAAUAGUCGAGCCACCUCUGGAGCUGCCAGCAUUUGUUCCUGUCGAAACGGUUAUUAUCGCUCUGACACAGAUACUCCAGACUCCCCAUGCACCACUGUUCCAUCAGCUCCACGCAGUGUCAUCUCAAGUGUUAAUGAAACAUCGCUCCUGCUAGAAUGGAGCGAACCUCGGGACAUGGGCAGCCGUGAGGAUAUCUUUUACAACGUCAUCUGUAAAAAGUGCCUUCCUGAGCGAGGAAUGUGCUCACGAUGCGAUGACAACGUAGACAUUUCGCCACGUCACCUGGGUCUGACGCAACGCCGUGUGACCGUACGCAACCUCCAAGCCCACACACAGUACAGCUUUGAGAUCCAGGCGGUAAACGGCGUGUCCAACAAGAGCCCUUAUGCCCCUCAGUUUACUGCUGUGAACAUCACUACGAAUCAGGCUGCUCCAUCUGCAGUCCCAACAGUCCAUCUAAUGGCAGCCACAGCAAGCACCAUGAGUCUGUCCUGGCUUCCUCCAGAAAAACCCAAUGGAAUCAUUCUGGAUUAUGAGAUUAAGUAUCAUGAAAAGGAUCAAGGUGAGGCUAUUGCCCACACCAUGACCGCCCAAAGGAGCAACGCCCGGAUUGAAGGUCUUAAAGCUGGUACACCAUAUGUGGUUCAAGUCCGAGCCAGAACAGUGGCAGGUUAUGGGCGUUACAGCAGUGCAGCAGACUUCAGCACCAAUCUGCAAACUGACCCACCAAAGUCAUGGCAGGAGCAGCUGCCACUCAUCGUUGGAUCCAUCACAGCAGCCUUAGUCUUCAUCAUUGCAGUUGUGGUCCUCGGGAUUGUCUGCCUCAGAAAACAAAGAAAUGGUUCAGAGUCAGAAUAUACAGAGAAACUCCAGCAGUAUAAAUCCCCAAUAGUAACGCCGGGAAUGAAGGUCUACAUUGACCCUUUCACCUAUGAGGAUCCCAAUGAAGCAGUGCGCGAGUUUGCCAAGGAGAUUGACGUGUCCUGCGUGAAGAUCGAGGAGGUCAUUGGCGCAGGUAACCCACCAAAGCUCCUGAGCUACAGGGGGAAGACUGCUAGUCACCUCCAGGCCAUACCAUUAGAGGACUUCACACCAAGCGGAGAGUUUGGGGAGGUCUGCAGAGGUCGACUGAAGCUGCCUGGGCGCCGGGAAAUAAUUGUAGCCAUCAAGACUUUAAAGGUGGGCUAUACUGACCGCCAGAGGCGAGACUUCCUGUCUGAAGCAUCUAUCAUGGGUCAGUUUGACCAUCCCAACAUUAUUCGUCUGGAAGGAGUGGUUACCAAGAGUCGACCAGUGAUGAUUGUGACCGAAUUCAUGGAAAAUGGUGCACUGGACUCUUUUCUAAGGCUCAAUGAUGGGCAGUUCACAGUGAUCCAACUUGUUGGCAUGUUGCGCGGUAUCGCAGCUGGAAUGAAAUACCUGUCAGACAUGAACUACGUUCACAGAGACCUGGCUGCACGAAACAUCCUCGUAAACAGCAAUCUGGUCUGCAAGGUAUCAGAUUUUGGGCUGUCUCGAUUCCUUGAAGACGACCCCACAGAUCCCACCUACACCAGCUCCCUGUAUUUCAUGCUUACAUACUCAUUCGCAUAUCCACAGGGAGGAAAAAUCCCUAUCCGCUGGACAGCGCCUGAAGCUAUUGCAUACCGGAAGUUCACUUCAGCGAGUGAUGUGUGGAGCUAUGGUAUAGUCAUGUGGGAAGUUAUGUCGUAUGGAGAGAGACCAUAUUGGGACAUGAGCAAUCAAGACGUGAUAAAUGCUGUAGAGCAGGACUAUCGACUACCCCCACCCAUGGACUGUCCCACAGCUUUACACCAACUAAUGCUCGACUGCUGGGUUAAAGAGAGGAACUUGCGACCUAAAUUCACCCAGAUUGUGGCCACGCUGGAUAAACUUAUUCGGAAUGCAGCAAGCCUCAAAGUGGUCACCAACAGCACACAGUCUAGUGGGGACCUCCUGCGGAUAGGGGUGACGUUGGCUGGUCAUCAGAAGAAAAUACUUGGUAGCAUUCAGGACAUGAGACUACAGAUGAAUCAAACACUUCCUGUCCAGGUGUGAGCAGCAGGUCAAAUAAGACGGAUGCAGUCAAAGGACAGCCAGACAAGAAAAGGGGAGAAACUGUGCCAGAGAGGGCCACUGGAAAACCCUAGCUGCCUGACCCAUCUUUGCCAACUGGACACUAUGAAACUGGCUUGCAGUGCCUAAGAGUAUAUUUUUUUUCUUUAUUUCAAUACCACUUACAUUUCCUGUCCCGACUCUUUUGUUGUUUGCAUUGUUUCUUUCAUCCAUCCAAAUUGAAUGAAAAUGUUCUUGAACAAAGCCGAAUUUCCCCUACUUCCCAUGUGUGCCUCACCAACUCUUGAAUGGGUUGAUGUUUGCAUGCAUGUUUUUUUGUCAACUUGGCCUUAUUAGUGCUCUGAUCCUCAUGCAAGACCCUGUUUUCUUAACUUUCUGAGUGUAAAAGACAUGGCAAAGGAUAAACCUUGAUAGAAGUAGAUGAAGUGAUAAAGACAUAUCUCUGCCAGACCACAGAAGGCAGAGGACCACUAUCUCCCCAAGAGAAGCUGUUUUACUGUGCAUGUGUAUUAUUCUUCAUCUUCAUAUUGAAGGUGUGUUACCUAAAAGAGCAGUUACUUGGAGAGGCAUGGAGUGGUGAAGGAAAAAUGUUUAAACGUGCUGCAGUCAAAGGUUAAGAGGAUGACAGACGUCAAAGGAAAGGAGCCACGUUUUUUGGACACCUGCUUCGACUGUUGGGUCACGAGGCGACCUCUUCACUACAACCUAAAGUGACUUAGGAUUGUUCCUUUUUGUGGGAACACCUACUAAUCAGCUGUUUUUUAUUCACAUGAAAUCAUGUCCACGCAACAACAUUUUCUGUUUAGUUUUUUUUCCCUUUGUUCCAUCUUUUCUCACACAUUUCUAGGAAAUUGUGGCCAGUCCAGUCAGUACCCUAUCCACUGAACACUUUAUGUGACAAUUUUAAAACAAGGACUGGGCCAACACUGUUUGAAAGACCUCCUGGCCUUGUGUGUGCAUUUUUUUUUUCCAAUGUGAGUGUCUACUUGUGUGUGUGUAUGCACAUGAGUGUGUGUAUGUUUGUUUGACUGAUGAGUGUUUGGACAUACGAGAGUGCGCCAGGUUGCACAUGUAAAAUACAGCUUCCGUAAUUUGACAUCAUGGAGAAUUAACGCAUGAACUGAUCUGUAAUAAGCAUAAACUAUAUCUGAAAUAAUUAUGCUUUAUUCUGUGGACAGCUGUAAAACAUUCACCUUUCUUUAUUGGAUCCCCAAAAUGGACUUUGAUCCCAUGCACAUGUACACAAAUACACACACACACAAUCAUGACUGACAAUUUUUUUUCUGCUUACUAAUAUCUGGAUUUAGAAAUAAUCAAAAAAGAUCUUAUCUAUGCUUCUUGUCAUCCUUCCCUGUGUAUUUAUUUGUACCUCACCCACCAACCCAUGCUCUCAUUAUCAUAAAAAUGGACUAGCUUGUUUUGGCAAAGUGAAACAAUCAGAGAGAAGAGGGAACUCCAAGAGACGUCACCUGAUGAAAUUAUUAAUAAAAGUAAUUGCAUAUAUAUUGGAUUUUGUAUUUUGUUGUUGUUCUAAACAGCCUGUACAGGUUUUGUAACAAAAGUGAGAUAAAUGACUAAAUUGUGUAAAGCGUUUGUCUCAGAGUGAAUUCAUCAGCAAAUUAUAGUUGUCAAGAGAGAGAAAGAAAGAAACUCCGCUCAUGUUCAGUUGCUGGUAAUAGUGUGCUGUUUUUGUUCUGCAUACAUGGUUAUCUCAGUGUUGACUGUGAAGGUGUGUAUGAGUUUUUAGUGUGCCACAUGAACCUGAUAUUCACCCUCCCCAGCCCCAUUUUCAUUCUCAACAUAAAGAGUAUUUGUGAAGCACUGGGCUGUUACUAAUUGUCUUCCAGGCACAUAAUUUUCAUCUAUCGUGAACCACUCAACUGUUGUCCAACCCAUUUUACACAAGCCUGUCAAGAGGUUUGUAAGGGAAUAGGCCAAGGGAUAGUGUUGCAUCAAAUUAGUCACCUCACCUUUGUAUUGUUUUGGUAAGCCUAGGAGCAAGAGCUCUAUUGCAGGUUCCACUGCAUUCAACAGGAUCCUCAUUAGAGAAUCCUUAGCUGUCUUUCAGGAGAAAUCUAUUUUUCUUUUUCUGUCAGCUCGAUUAAUGCAGCAGCCAAUCAGGCAUUGCAAGGAUAUGGAUGUGCAGCACACAGGCAUUUGCAGACACAGGGCAUACAGGCUUACCAUUAUCUCUCAUUCAUUUCCUGUCUGGCCUUCAAUCACCCAGUCUCAAGCUCCGGGUGUUGCAUGAUUAGCACAAAGCAGAAUCAACAGUAAGGGGAAUACAGGCUAGCCGAAAUCUGGAUCCAGAUUCCUCUUAACUGAUAGCAGCUGCAUCUUUGAGGCCACUCUAUUUGUGCUUCUCACAACGAGGGUGUCUGGUGCCAUUGGAUUAGGGAGUGGGGCGGUAUCGUUGCUGUGAUCUUCAAGAUAGCCAUCAUAUUGUUUGGAUUAAAGUUGAUCAAUUCAGCAUGUUAACACAAGUCCUUGUAGUAUUGCAAUAUUUUUGGCAGUACAGCGGGUCUUUCCACUUCUUUAGAGAACAAUUAUAUACAAAACACAUUUACAUUUUAUAGUGAUCAAUUUUCUCUCGUGCAGAUAAUUUUGUUAAUAAUCAUUAAUAAUAGUAAUGUUCUUAAUCAUUUUUUUUUAUGUAGUUAAACUGUAAGGAGCUUCCUAACUUUUUAGCUUUUAAUUUGUCAUCAUCAAAAAUGAUAAAUUUAGAUGAAUCAUAAUGUUAAUAAAUAAAUAUAGUGAACUGAUAAUGAUUUCAAAAUGGCUUUAACCAGGGAUAUUUUAAAUAAUUUUUUAUUAAUAAGUUCUUUACCAGGACUCAGAUUAUUGUAAAAGAUGCAAUAGCUUCGAUAUUAGUAAAGUGACUGCAGUCAGAAUCAAAGGAUUGCCAUGAAUUACUUAGUGUCCAUUCCCUUUUUUUUUCUCCAGCCGUAUCAAUCUAUUAGUCCCUUUAGCUCCUCUGCUGCUAUAAUUUGCAUGUGACUUUAAAUCAGGUGUUAUUGAUGUGCACUGAAAUACAGGAACGUGACCAGGAUAAAGGGGCUAAACACAAUCAGAUUGCAAACAUGCAUGCUCAAGCAGCAACUUUUUGAUGAGUUGCACAUGGUGAAUUGAGAUCUGGAGCUAUGUUCAGCAGAGUCAAACUGGCCAUGAUUGAUGGGCUUAAUAGAAACAUUUUCACACAUUUAAAAGAUUUACCCAUGUAAACUGCUCACUAACACUCAAUUCAUAGGAUUCUUUUAUAUACUCUGCACAGAAAGGAACCGCAUUUCCUGUUUUUUUCUGUUCAUCCAUCAAGACUCAUUUCAUUGAAAUUAGGAUAAACUGUUACAUUUGUAUGUAUGAGUGAAUGGAAUAAAACAAAUGCAUUUUAUAAAAAGCUGUUUAAUAGUCGCCAGAGACUUAGUUAUGUUAUCAAAAGUGCAAAUAGGAGUCUAAUUAUACAAACAUCGCUCAUCUAUUUCUUUCUCUGUUCAACAUUUAACAGAUUAUCACAGACUACACUCCCUACUGAGAUUAACACUACCCCCUCUACGCAUUAAGCACACUCUAGCUUUGUUUUCAAACAUGUCUAUUUCAAAUAAUAUACAGUGGAUUUCUUUUUUGUCCUCUAACAUGUCCACAGACUUGCUUUUUUUGUCAACUUUGUCACUUUUUAGUUUUUCCUAACAAAAGACAACACUUUUCAGAGAGUACUGUACAUGAUAAGUAAAACAAGAUCGGCGGGGCUGGAAGAAUGAAAUGCAAUUGUUACUUCCUCUUUGAAAAGCAUUGAGAUGUAUUUAAUGGUGCACAUACACACAACAAACUACUAAAGAAGAUGCAUUCUUGUAGAAAUAUUUUUAAGAUACCCUUUUUUGUAAUU